AAACUCUGAUUUUAAAACUAACACUGCUAACCUUGUACAUAGCCCUAACAUUAAAUUAAGACAGUUUUUUCAUUAAUUUUUACGAUUUGGCCUUUGUGGCUGUGUUAUCUAGCAGAAACACCACCAGAGAGGUUCUCCAUCCUGGCAUUUGCCUCCAUCCUGGUCUCUCCGAAGUGCCCGGACCAAAAACAGGAAUAUGAGCACGGGGGAAGAUGAGGACUCGGUCACCCUGGAGUCUGUCAACUCUGUCACUCUCACCCAGGACAGCGACGGCAGCAUCAUACUACACUGUCCUCCAAACGUGUCAGAGGGAGAUGAGAGCUUCGAGGUGACUAUGACUGCCACCGCCGACAGUGACAUUACAGAAGAGGGGGAGGCCCAGAUACAGAGCCUGCAGACGGAGGAUCCUCAGAACAGUGAAGAGAUAUCUCCUGUCAGCCAGGCCUGGUUCACCACCAAGGAGGAUAAGGACAGUCUGGUUAACAAAGGUCAUAAGUGGAAACAAGGCAUGUGGUCUAAAGAGGAGAUCGAUCUCCUGAUGAGCAACAUCCAACAAUAUGUGAAGGGUCGGGGAAUGGAAGACCCAGCUGAGAUCAUCUUUGAGAUGUCUAAGGAGGAGCGUAAGGAUUUCUACCGCAGCGUGGCCUGGGGUCUGAACCGGCCGCUGUUCGCCGUCUACCGACGAGUCCUCCGCAUGUACGAUAACCGCAACCAUGUGGGCAAGUACUCUCCUGAGGAGAUCAACAAGCUGAAAGAGCUGAGGCAGAAGCAUGGUAACGACUGGGCCACCAUAGGAGCCGCUCUGGGUCGCAGCGCCUCGUCUGUUAAAGACCGCUGCCGACUGAUGAAGGACACCUGCAACACAGGGAAGUGGAGUGAGGAAGAGGAGAGGCGUCUAUCGGACAGUGUGUAUGCGCUGGCGGGUGUGUGUCCAGGCCGUGCGGUGACGGGGGGAGUGUCCUGGGCGGCCGUAGCUGAUCUGGUGGGAACGCGGUCGGAGAAACAGUGUCGUUCUAAAUGGCUCAACUACCUCAACUGGAAACAGAGUGGAGGGACGGAGUGGACCAAAGACCAGGAUCUCAGCUUAGUACACAGGAUAGUGGAGUUGGAUGUGGAUGAUGAGAAUGAGUUAAAGUGGGAGGAGCUAGCAGGGGGGUGGAGCAGUGUUCGCUCUCCUCAGUGGCUCAGAUCUAAGUGGUGGAGCAUCAAGAGACAAGUAGCCAAUCACAAGGAACUGCCCUUCCACGUGUUACUGAAGGGUCUUCAGGAGUUGAUGGAGAAUCCGUUAGGGGCGGGGCCAGGUAGCCCUUCCCCUUCCCUGCAGAUCCGAGUCACGCGAUUGGAGGAGUGCUGUAGCUCCACCCCCCGGCCCGUCACAGCGCUGCAGAUCCCACUGCAGAUCACACACCUCGCCUCAGACGGUGCUGGGACCAGUGAUACAGAGACCAUCACCCUCAACACUGCUGCUCUUCAGACCUUACAGAUCCUCCCUUCUUUCCACCUGCACCCUACAGGAACUCCAGGGACAUAUUUCCUUCAGACAGCAGCCAAUCAGAGCCUGCCGCUCAGUCUUUCCAGCAAUCCCACCGUGAGCCUGACGGCUAGCUCCUCGUCCCCAGAACACAUCAUCCUACACAGCCUCUCAACGGAGGGUGUUUGUUCCAACGACAGCAGCGUCUUCAUUCAGACGGUCACCUCUGACCACACCUCUCCAGAGCCUCUCUGCCAAUCACAGCUGGUUGUGGAGAUGCAGGGGGAGGAGCCUGAGCAGAACUUCCUGAUUGGUUCCUCAGAAGGCGGAGCCACCGAGACUCCGGAGCCAAUGACAGACAGUUUUACUGCCACGGUCCUGGACGCUCCCUCUCAGGAGGAGCAGGUGGUGGAUUCUGGGAUAGCGAAGGGGGCGGUGCUUAUCGUUUCUCCUACAAAUGUCAGCAGCACACUGACAGAUCUGAUCCUUGAGAACCAGGAUGUCUCUGACUGAGCUGGAUAACAUCAUCACUGAUGGAGCCAAUCGAACAGCAGAGUGGACAUGUCAUCAUUUUGGACAUUAUUUCUGAUUGGCUGAGUUGGCCAUUAAGCCCCUCCCCUUUAAAUGUUCUCUUUGGUCAGAGGUGAGACUAUGACAUCAUCAUGGGCUCCUGUGGGGGCCGGCCUGACCGUGUGUGUGUGUGUGUGUGUGUGUGUGUGUGUGUGAGAGGGUGUGUGUUGCAGAACGGUCUUUCCAAACUGUCCGUUCUAUGUACUUCAUAAAGCCUGCAGCCAGAGCCACACUGAGUGGACUAAGCACUUCCUAAUAUUGAGUUGCAACCCCAAGUCUCAAUUGUCUGAAAGCUUAAAAAUCCUUCUUUAACAUGUCUCCUCCCCUUCAUCUACACUGAUUGAAGUGGAUUUAACAAGUGACAUCAAUAAGGGAUCAUAAUCUUUCACCUGGAUUCACCUGGUCAGUCCGUCAUGGAUAGAGCAGGUGUUCUUAAUGUUUUGUCCACUCAGUGUGGUAGAUUCUCUGGCCGCUCCGCCUCAGAACAGCACCCUACAGUUUCUAGGUCCCGGUGUUUUCUGUUGUAACCGUCGGCCUGCUGACCACACGAACAACAGGACAGAUCCAUCUGACACUGUGAAUUAUAUCUGCAUUUACUUUUAUUUAUGUGUAAUUAAAAACUUCCACAGUUGCUAA